AGAGAAAAACGACAACACAAGUGGCGCUAUUUCAGGCCCGUUGACCGCGCGUUUUCAUGUGCCAUGGACUUUUAGGCGUCCAGCUCCUUCUCCUCAUCCCCGAUCUCGAUGUCGGACCCUCUUCUCAGUAUUUCAGAGCACAUGAAGGUAUUCACCACGUCUACUACAGAAAGGUACCAAGACAUUCGCUAAAGAUGCACUCACCUCAACCCGGCAGAAGUGACACGACUGCCCUACCAUCCAUCAAGUUGACCUCAUCUCAUCUGAGAAUCGGCACUAUAUCAAGCUCCCUAUGACUUACCAACGCGGACACACUCUCUCUCUUGACCGCCACGCCACGCUGCGGGCCUGCAGCAAGCAUCGUGACAGUGCAACAUCCCAACGCGGACCCCAGCGCGCCAUCCAUGCAGUACCACCAACCCCGCCCCCCAUCCCCUCGUCGUCUU